AUAAAUAGAAAGGAUUUAUAAAAUUUUCAAGGCAUUAUUAAUGUUAGAACGUCACCGUCAGUACAUUCUUAAAAUAUGGUUCUAAAAAUGUGUUCUUAAACAACUUGAAUUUUGUUGCAAAUGCAGAGGUCAGAUGCGCUUAAAGAAAGCGCAAAAAAAAGAUCGCUAGAAUAGAAUGAUUAUGGGAGUAGGAUAGUGGAAGAUGAGGGAGUGAAAGAGAAAGGAAACAAGUAAGCGCAAUCAGCAGACUUAUUGACCCAUAAAUAUCGAGAGCGAGAAUUUAAAUAAUGAUAUCAUUCUGAGUUAUUUUUAGAUUCAGUAACUCACGUGUGUUGAAAAAUGUAAAAAAGGUCGAAAUGUUUCUAUUCUUGCAGAUCUAGUAAAAAUGGAAAGCAAGAUGUAUGCUGAGUUUGAAAGUGUCAACACUUCCAUGAUGCGGGAGUUCGUCAUCGGAAAUGAAGUAUCGUAUUCCGAUAGUGACGUCGUCAUCACGGGCAUAUCAGGCCGUCUGCCCGAGUCAUGUAAUAUUGAGGAGUUUAAAAAUAAUUUAAUAAAAGAAGUUGAUAUGGUGACUGAUGAUGAGCGCCGUUGGCCGAAAGGUCUAUAUGGACUACCAGCUAGAUAUGCCAAGAUAAAUGACCUCAGUCAUUUUGAUGCCACCUUUUUUGGAAUACAUUCCAAACAGGCACAAGCAAUGGAUCCGCAGCUUCGUUUAAUAUUAGAAGCAACGCAUGAAGCCAUAAUUGACGCUGGUAUCAAUCCUACUACCGUGAGAGGCUCGCGUACCGGUGUAUUCGUCGGUAUCUCUACCUCGGAAUCGGAUGAAUUUUGGUUGAGAGAUCCAGAAAUCAUUAAUGGAUAUAAUUUGCUCGGCAAUUCUAGAUCGAUGUUCGCCAACAGAGUUUCCUAUGCAUUUGACUUUACUGGACCUAGUUACUCAUUAGAUACAGCUUGUUCCUCAUCCUUAUAUGCCACACAUCAAGCUGUAAGCGCAAUACGCGCCGGCGAGUGCGAUGCUGCAAUCGUCGGUGGACUGAAUCUCGUGUUAAGACCAACUGUCUCACUGCAGGGUAUGAAAUUAAAUAUGCUGUCUCAGGAUGGAAAGUGCAAAGCAUUUGACGUUUCGGCUGACGGUUACGUGAGGGCUGAGGCGGUGGUGGUAAUAUAUUUGCAGAAAGCAAAGGAUGCGCGUCGAGUGUACGCGACGGUGGUUCGAACAAAGACAAGUACAGACGGCUACAAAUCAGAGGGUAUUACGUAUCCCAGUGGUGAAAAACAGUAUCAAUUGAUGCGUGAUAUUUAUAUCGAGGCAGGAAUUAAUCCCGCGGAUGUGAGUUACGUGGAGGCUCACGGUACCGGUACUAAAGUAGGAGAUAGAGUGGAAGUAACUUCUAUCGACAAACUAUUCUGCAAAGAUCGGAAGACUCCCUUACUAAUAGGCUCGGUCAAAUCCAACAUGGGUCACUCGGAACCGGCCAGUGGAUUAUGCUCGAUCGCCAAGGUAUUAAUCAUGAUGGAAACAGGCAUGAUACCGGCCAAUUUGCACUUUAAUACAUCGAAUCCAGACUUUCCUGCCUUAAAAGAAGGACGCAUUCGAGUAGUCGAUAAGGCCACACCAUGGAACGGUGGCCUUGUAAGUAUAAACUCGUUUGGUUCCGGAGGCACAAAUGCACAUAUUAUCCUCAUGAGCAAUCCAAAAAGCAAACCAAAACUGACAUCGCCAUUGAACAUCACCAAAUUGUUGCCGAAGUUGGUUGCUGUAUCGGGUCGAACAAAAGAAGGUGUGCACACUUUAUUAAAUAAAGCGCAAGAGCAUCGUAAUGACAAUGAGUUUCUCUCGUUGUUACGAAUAAUUCACAAUAAUGAUAUUUCUGGUCAUGAGAUUCGGGGCUACGAAAUACUUAACAUCGAUGGUACACGUGAAGUGAUUGAGACAACAAGCUCUAAAGAGAGGCGUCCAAUUUGGUUUGUAUUUUCCGGUAUGGGCACGCAAUGGGCGGGCAUGGGCCAUCAAUUAUUUGGCAUUGAAACUUUUCAAUGUAGUUUGCGACGAUGCGCAAACGCGUUGACACCUCAUGGCAUCGACCUCAUGAAUAUCAUCAUGAAUAGCACGGACGAAAUGUUCGAAGACGUAAUGAAUUCUUUCGUGACUAUUGCAGCUAUACAGGUUGCACUCGUGGACAUUUUAACGUUGAUAGGUAUAUCGCCGGAUGGUAUAGUUGGACAUUCCAUUGGAGAACUAGCGUGUGCAUAUGCUGACGGUGCGUUUACAUUAGAGCAAACAAUCUUAGCGGCUUAUUCUAGAGGUAAGGCAAUUUUGGACUCCAAGUUGGAAUUGGGCGCUAUGGCGGCAGUUGGUUUGAGUUGGGAGGAGGCCAGAAAAAUAUGCCCACCAAAUAUCAUUCUAGCUUGUCACAACGCCAAGGACUUAGUCACGAUUUCCGGUCCGUUUGAGUCUGUGCAAAAAUUUGUAGAAACGCUUAAGAGCAAAGAUAUUUUCGUCAAAAUGGUGAAAAGUUCCGGCAUUGCAUUUCACAGCAAAUACAUCGCCUCGGCCGGGCCUAAGCUACGUACUUCUCUCGACAAAAUAAUCCCGAAUCCGAAACAGAGGUCAACCAGAUGGAUUUCCAGUUCUAUUCCCGAAUCUGCAUGGGGCACACCGCUCGCGCAGUUUAGCUCGUCUGCGUAUCACGUAAAUAAUUUGCUCUCUCCUGUACUCUUCCAAGAAGCAAUCGCGCAUAUUCCAAAGAACGCGAUAACAAUAGAAAUUGCACCGCAUUGUUUGCUACAGGCAAUAUUGCGCAGAGUGUUACCACCAACGAUAGCCUAUAUUAGUCUUCAUAAACGGGAUCAUUCGGACAACCUGGCCUUUUUGUUGUCUAAUGUGGGUAAGAUGUAUAAUGCUGGUGCACAACCUGAUAUCUCAAAAUUAUAUCCGCCGAUAAAUUUUCCGGUCGGUCGAGGUACACCGAUGAUCGGGCCUCUAGUCAAAUGGGACCAUUCCACCGCGUGGGAUGUGCCUAAUUUCAAUCAGAUAUCAAGCCACUCGGGAGAGCAUAUAAUUGAAAUAAAUAUAUCAAAGGAAACAAAUACAUACCUAGCAGGACACCAGAUAGACGGACGAGUCCUAUUUCCAGUCUCUGGAUAUAUUUUGUUAGUAUGGAAAACUUUGGCGAAAUUGCGUGGCACCAAUUUUGAACAAAUGCCAGUGGUAUUCAAGGAUGUGCGCUUUCACCGAGCCACUAUUAUGAAAGAGGGAACGGUGAAAUUCUCGAUAACCAUCUUCGAGGGAACAGGUGACUUUGAAAUCUGUGAGGCUGGUACAAUCGUUGUCAACGGAAACGUCCAAGCGUCCGAGGCUAUUGAGAAAGAUCAACUUGAGCUUCUGCCACCAUCAAUACCGCUUACCGAUGACGAGAUUUUACCAUUAACUGCCAAAGAUAUUUAUAAGGAAUUAAGGUUGCGCGGGUACGAGUAUCGUGAUAUUUUUCAAGGAAUCAAAUCUUGCGAUAAUUACGGCGUUACCGGUCGAUUGCAUUGGUUUAAUGAAUGGAUUCCGUACAUAGAUACUAUGCUUCAGUUUAGCAUAAUGUCUACUAGCCACAGGCUAAUGUAUUUUCCGACGCGUCUCCAAUACACCACGAUCGAUCCCAUUCUUCAUAAACGACUGGUGGAAGAAUUAUCAGAAGAUAAUGGAUUACCGGUGUAUAACUAUAAAGACAAUGAAAUUAUUAAAUCGGGUGGUAUCGAGCUCAGAGGAUUAAAAUUUUCUUUGACACCUCGACAACAGCAGACUCAAACCAAUCUUAAAUAUGAACGGUACACUUUUGUGCCCUAUGAAAAUUCGUUUAAUCUAGAGGUUCCAAAGAGAGGAAAAAUACAUGCACUUACUGUCCUUUUGCAAAUCAUGUGUGAAAACAUGAUGGCAUUGAAACUGAAGACCGUGGAAGUUGCGGGCAAACGAGUUGCGGAAGAUCUUUUGGCGCCAAUUAUACUCGACAUUUUCAAUAAUGAAUUGAUAUCGCCUAUCAUUGAUUUACAAGUAAUUGCAGAUUCUGUCAACAAUUACAUUCAAAGUUUAAGUCAAAUAAACGUGAAUGCUAACGUCGUAACGCGAGACGUGAAGAACGUACUUCCUGCUCAGGAUGUGCACUUUGUCAUAGCGGCGGAUGUCCUAUCAAAUAAAUCUCACAUCAUUCUCAAAAAUUUGGUGGCUGCCUUAAAACCUGGUUGUUUCAUUCUUCUAGAGGAAAAUGCUGUGCAUUUGGAUUUGAAGACUGCGUUGGAAGAAACUGAUCUAACAUUGGCCGGGAAACAAACUGAUCCGGUAGGAAAAACUUACUUAUUGUUGAAGAAGCGAGAAAAAAAGAAAGAACCGGUGAUAAUACAAAUCACAGACAAAAAUCUCUCGUGGCUGGAGGGUGUAAAAAUAGUGUUGAAGAAAUCUGAUAGCAAAAAUCAAGAAGUGCUAUUUGUAUCCCAGGACGAAAAAACGCUUGGUUUAGUUGGACUUAUGACUUGCAUACGUCGCGAAACAGGCACUGCAAAUGCGCGCUACGUCUUUAUCCAGGACAAGAAUGCUCCCAAGUUUGACUUAUCUAAGCAGUUUUACGUAGAACAGUUAAACAAAGGAUUGAUUGCCAACGUACUAAAAGGAGGACAAUGGGGCAGUUAUCGACACAUAUCAUUGGAUGUAUCUUCUGUACAAGUGCAUCAUGUAUAUGCUAAUACGUUGAAAAGAGGAGAUCUUAGCAGCUUGAGAUGGAUUGAAGGACCAUUAAAUUUUUAUCAGAAUUUUCCUAGUAAGAAACUUUGUUACGUAUACUAUGCUCCGUUAAACUUCAGGGAUAUCAUGUUGGCGAGUGGUAAACUACAACCAGACAUCUUGCCACAAAAUAUGGCUACCAAAGAGUGCGGAUUAGGAUUUGAAUUUUCCGGGAGAGACGCUGACGGUCGUCGCGUGAUGGGCAUAGUUGAAGCUAAAGGAUUAGCAACUACUGUGGUAGCGGAUCUUGAUUUUCUUUGGGAAGUACCUGACAAGUGGACUUUGAAAGAAGCGGCAACAAUACCUAUCGCUUACGCAACUAGUUACUAUGCUUUAUUUAUACGGGGUCGAUUAAAAACAGGCGAAAGCGUAUUAAUCCAUGCUGAUACCUGCGGUGUCGGUCAAGCAGCGAUUGCUAUUGCUCUGCAUGCUGGUUGUAUGGUGUUCACUACUGUUGAUACGCCGGAGAAAAGAGAAUAUCUCAAGAAAAUUUUCCCGCAAUUACACAAUAGGCACAUCGGCAAUUCCCGCGAUACAAGUUUUGAACAGCUGAUACGUGUUGAGACACAAGGACGUGGAGUCGACGUCGUCUUGAAUUCACUGGCAGAAGAGAAAUUGCAAGCCAGCAUUCGAUGCCUCGCAUAUGGUGGGCGUUUCCUUGAAAUCGGCAAGUAUGAUUUGUCGAAUGAGAGCCGUAUAGAAAUGUCAAUGUUUUUAAAAAAUGUGUCUUUUCAUGGUGUAUUGUUGGAUACGCUAUUUAGAAAAAACCUGGAAGAAAAGGACAGCGUGAUAAAAAAAAAACUGAUGAAACUCGUUUUAGAAGGAAUCAAAAAUGGUGCGGUACGUCCGCUCCAAUCAAUUAUCUUUUCAGAACAACAGCUCGAGCAGGGAUUCAGAUUCAUGACGACGGGUAAACACUUCGGCAAAGUGCUACUGAAAAUCCGUGAUGAGGAACCAAAAAAGUGCGUACUACCAAUGCCAAAAACACUAACAGCGAUUCCACGUACUUACAUAAAUCCGGAAAAAUCAUACAUCUUGGUCGGCGGUCUCGGCGGAUUUGGUCUAGAACUGGCCGACUGGAUAAUCAGCCGUGGCGCCAAAGUCAUCGUUCUCGUAUCACGCUCAGGCAUACGCACCGGUUAUCAGUCACUGUGUGUGCGUCGCUGGCGCGAAAACAGCGUAAAAAUCGUUAUUUUCACAGAAGAUGUAACGACAUCAUCAGGUGCCCAACACUUGAUCCAAGAAAGCAACCGGUUGGCUCCAGUAGGUGGUAUAUUUAAUCUGGCAGUCGUCCUACGUGAUGCUCUAAUCGAAAACCUGGAAGAAGCCGAUUACAAAAUGGUUAUCUCACCAAAAGUCAACAUUACAAAAAAUUUAGACGCAGUAUCGAGAAAGCUUUGCCCAUCGCUAGAUUAUUUUGUGGUGUUUUCGUCUUGGUCAAGCGGUCGCGGUAGUAUUGGUCAAACCAACUACGGUUUUGCAAACUCGGCCAUGGAGAGAAUAAUGGAAGAGAGGCAGACUAAUGGUUUACCUGGUCUCGCCAUUCAAUGGGGUAGCAUUGGAGACGUUGGCUUAAUCAUGGAAAUGAUGGGAAAUAAUAACGUCGAGGUGAGCGGUACUAUACCACAACACAUAUCAAGUUGUCUUGCAACAAUGGAUAUAUUCCUUCAACAACCGCAUCCAGUGCUAGCUUCUACGGUGUUUGCUAAAAAGUAUAAAUCCGACGAUGGUAACAAAGCUGAUCUCAUCGCAAGCAUUGCCAAUGUCUUAGGCAUUAAAGACGUUGAUUCGAUUAAUCCCAACAUUACCUUAGCCGACUUAGGUCUGGAUUCGCUAAUGAACACAGAGAUAAAACAAACACUUGAAGAGAAUUAUGACAUCGUAUUAUCGGUGCAAGAAAUCUGUAGCUUAACUAUCACCAAACUGCGAAAAUUAUCUUCGACGGAUGGCAAGUAAGCUGUCUUGCUUAAUUAAAAGGAAGUUUAAAAACAAAAUAUUAAGUAAAAGAGAGAGAUAUUUUGACCGUUGCUGCAGCAACACAAAUUGAACAAGAAUACCUACUACGGUCGUAGCUAGGUCUUUGUGCUUGUAUUGUCUAUGUGAUUUUAUAUACUUUCCUCAAGUUCAACGAGCUGCGCGCCGAAUUAAUUUUCAAUCAUAACACAAUUAUAAAUUGAACGAAAUUAAGGUGAUGCUGGACCGAUCUCCAUAUGUGCUUAUUUUGUGCACAGAUAACUCUUAAUUGACUUUACAGAUCACAAAAUCUUUUUACACAAUUAAAGUAGUGACAAAAACACACCUCGCUAGCUAUAAUUAAAUACGAAAAACGAAAGUUGAUUAAAAAAUUAUAGUUUAAUUAUCGGCUUGUGCAGCCGACUUGUGACAAUACAUACCCAUAUAAAAGUUUUAGACAUUGUGUGUAUGAAAUAAGUAGCUAGCGAGGUGUGAAUUAAAUCAAAGAAUAAUACGGUGCUUGCAAAAUAAUCUUAGAAGCUUUAGUAUAAAAGAUAUAAAUGAAAAUCGUUUAUGUAAUUUUCACGUGUAUUGGUGCGAAGAGCAGAAAUUGGGUUCAUUGUAGUUCAAAAAUCUUGCAUUAGAGGCGCUGAAGUAAAAACAACGAGGACAGAUGAGUGCGUUUGACAAAGUGCGCUAGCCUAUUCCCCUUACUCUUUGCCUCACGCGCGACCCGCAGUUUGUCGAAGAAAAAUUUACAGCAAUCUGCAGUACCGACAUCGAGUGAGUUUCACCAUCAGUCCAGCAUUGCUUUAAGUAAUAUCACAAGACUGUGAUAAUAUUUCUCAAUAAUCGACUAUGCUGAUAUGGCAACGGUCAAAAUAUCUCUCUCUAUUACUUUAAAGUCACGAUGCCUUUGAAAGCGUUCUAACUUAUUGUUGAUUAUUCAUCAUAACCUCAAUGGUCGAGUUGGCUAAGACACCCAUACCGGAGAUUCGGGAGGUCCCAGGUUUGAACCCUGGUUGAGGUGAUAUUUUUUGCAAUAAUUUCUUUACAGUUUUUUAGGGUGAAAAAGGGUUAAUAUUUAAUAAUACGUGAUAUUACUUAAUCUCGUUCAAUUUAGAAUUGUGUUAUGACUGAAAAUUAAUUCGAUGCGCAGUUCAUCGAACUUGAAGAAAGUAUAUAAAAUCACAUAGACAAUACAAGCACGAAGACCUAGCUACGAGCGUAGUAGGCAUUCUUGUUCAAAAUAUUAAGUGCAUUUAAGUAUAAAAUUAUACAUUAUAUUGUAAAAGUAGAUGAGAAGAGGGUAUUAUGGCUACUGUCGACAAUACGGCUACUCUAUUAUUUACGUUGGACAAGAUCGCGCACGAUGCGAUAGCCCACCAACCAAUCAUCUUGACUUAUCUAACCCAACCAACGGAAAAACUCCAGGCAUUGGCCGCUGUGAAUGGUGGUGUGCUGUCGGUCCCGUGUGCUAUCGAGAUCCGCCCAUUUCCGUUAUUAGGUCACGUAUUAUAACAAUUGCUUAUAAAGUUAUUUGUUUAGUAACCCGCCAUUUUUUCGUGAUACUAAUAUGACAAUACAUAAUGACUGACAAUUGUUAUAAGGCAUUUUUACUUUUGAGCACUUCUAAACUUUUUCAAGGUACACUUUUAACCUUCAGUUACAUACACUUUCUCA